GACGGGGGAAAGUUUUGAACAGUUAAGGCUAGAGUGUAAAUUGGAGAGUUUGCAAAGUAGGUACAGAACUUUUUUUGAACAACUUCUCUACAAGAGGAAAUUCAGCCACGGAACAGCUGGACACGUGAAAAAAGAAUGUACUUGAUCAAAUAUCAGAUGAAUUGAAAAGAUCUUUGAAAACAUAAUGUAUUUAAAUAUUUGCUUCCUGAAAAGAUUUGGUGCUUUAUAGUCAGUUUUUUGAGUUACUAGGUCCUCAGAGAUUUUGGGGAGUAGAUGCAGGAGGAGACAACGUUAUCAGGAAACAACAGACAAGCUCAACAAUUUCAGCAGCAUCUAAGAGCAUGAAAUAUUAGCUAUUAUUUUUAUGCUGGAAGGAAAAUAGGAAACUUAAAAGGAGUAGAUUGUAGAAUCCAUGCCUACAGGUAACUGAGUAAGUGCCCAAGUAAAUGAGGCAUAGUGAGUGCCUAUAAAUUCAGAAAAGAGAGAUUAACAUGGAAUUACCAUGAAUAUGUUUAUAGAAAAAAGUAAAUCUGAAAUAAGACGCCUGAAAUGUACAAGCGAUCUUAACUACUUUAAACUAGCCAUGGUUUUUGCUGUUAUGCUCUUAAUUUGCAGAACCUGCCUAUUCAACCCUUAUUACCUUAUAGUCACACUAGGUUUUGCUUAUGAAGGACAUGCUUGCUGUGAAACAAACUUAUCUGUUUCCUCUUUUGAACUAUGUUAUCAUUAUGUCAUUCUCAGUCGUCCCAUUGCUUGUUGUGUUCCUGAGUCAGAGGGUAACUUUGUUCCUGGCCUCAUAUUUCACUUUUGAUUCUGAUAUUAGUCACAAGGGGAUUCAGAGAACUUGCAAAUAAAUCCAUUCACAAAUUCAUCACACUUGCUGACAAAUUAAACAAUGCCCUUCUGUGGGUGGAAUGUCAUUUGUAUGAAAAAAAGAAUUGUUAACUGCAUCCUUUCAGUCUUACUCCUUCCCCAUGCUAUGCCUUCUUUGUGACAGUACUUAUUACAACAUCCAGAAGAGGGUAAAUUGGGGUUGGGGAUUGAGGGAAUGAAAAGAAAAUAAAACUCAGUUUUUUGGCUCCCUUGCCUAUCAGUUUUAACUGUAGCUAUUAUAGACGGGGAGGUGCAGGCUUUCUGAACACAGUGGCAUGUGCACUUGAAUAGGCCUGUGUCCUGCCCAAGAUGGAGCUUGGAUGUCUGCAGGUGGAAGAAGGCCAUUUGGACUUGAGCCAUCUUUGAUGUCCAAAUCACUAAGCAGAGACCAUGCAAAGACACAGGAGGGAGGCCAUGAGGGCAUCAAGCCAGAUGAGCUUGCCAGCCUCAGCAACCAGCCAGGGAUGGGGGCAGGGCUGCCCAAGUAGGUGGGGCAGGGCUGCCCAAGUAGGUGGGGCAGGAAGCCCAGCCCUCAACAAAACCCUAUUAUAUUCUUUGUCUUAGUGAGGAAGUUCUUACUGUUGUGUGUAUUAUUGGAAGACAUCUUCUGUGAUAGGGUUAUUAUUGCAUGUACAGAGAGAUUCCUUGGAACCGCAUAUGACUCAAUCUAUCUCACUCAGAUUUCUCACCAUACCUUCACUUAUUUUGCUGCAGUGUCCAGCAGAUCUCCUUGAAACAGUGUGUACUGAAGACCUAACUAAAUCCUCCAAAUUACCUGGUUGGUUCAGAGAACCAAAUCACUGGAGCUUUGUAGGGAAGGUUUGAGUUUCAGGGCUUUAGCCAGAGUAACUUAUUUAAUGAUUGGCUUUUAAUGUGUUUCUGUGCAAAGAUCAAAGCAGGUGAAUUUUCAUGUAUUUUUAGAAUUCUAGUAGAAAAGGAAGAUAGGAAAAUCUAGUUCAAGUAUACAUUCUAGUUUUUAGGGGAAUUUGUGUUUUUAUUUUACUUUUUUGGUUGCUACGAUUUGUCCUAUAUUCUAUAUUUAUAAGAACAUAAAUAUGUAAUUAAAAGAAUAUAUUUGAUGGCACUACCUGUCAACAAAGCCACUUAUUUGUGAAAUUUUUUGGUAACUUGAUGGAAAUAGUCAGCUUUUAUCCAUUGAAAACUACAAAGCUCUUAUCUAUUGUUCUUUAUGUAUAUUUAUGCAUUAAAAAUAGAUCCUGCAGGAUGAGCAGAUGUACUGAAGUGUAAAUCCGUUUUUUAAGAGAGGCUAUAUGGAAAAAUAUAUCAUUCAAGACUCAGUCUCUGCCUUGCCUGUAGGCCUCGUCAGUGUUUAGUGAAUGACCUCAACCCUGUUUUUUUCCUUCCUUCUUUGGUGGUUGAGGACAGACAAUGAAUGGUCUCUGUACUCGCCUGGGCUCAGCUGGGUGGUGGCCAUUAUGCCAUUGUGCUCACUGGAGAGGGCUGCCGGGUUUGUAGAGCUGCGGAUCCCGGCCUUCCCUGACAUUGCCAAUCUCUUUUCUUUCAGCUCCACCAGCCCAUUGGAGAAAAGUUACUGUUCAGUCCCUGAAGGCUUGUGCCAUAAAAGAGUGGGAGACAUUCCCAGGGAAUUUCAGCACCCAUUUGGACUUUCACAAUCAGAGAUGGCAGCGGUAAAGGCAUCAACAUCGAAAGCUACCAGGCCUUGGUAUUCUCAUCCGGUAUAUGCAAGAUACUGGCAACAUUAUCAUCAAGCAAUGGCUUGGAUGCAAAGCCAUCACAAUGCCUACAGGAAGGCCGUGGAAUCCUGUUUCAGUCUUCCAUGGUACUUACCUUCUGCACUUCUUCCCCAAAGCUCUUACGAUAACGAGGCUGCGUAUCCUCAGUCCUUCUAUGACCAUCAUGUGGCCUGGCAGGACUACCCCUGCAGUUCUUCACAUUUCAGAAGAUCUGGCCAGCAUCCGCAUUACAGCAGUAGGAUCCAGGCAUCCACAAAAGAAGACCAAGCUUUGUCCAAAGAGGAAGAAGAGGUGGAGACUGAGUCAGAUGCAGAGGUAGAAUGUGACCUGAGCAAUAUGGAAAUCACUGAAGAGCUCCGCCAGUACUUUGCAGAGACCGAGAGGCAUAGAGAAGAACGACGGCGGCAGCAGCAGCUGGAUGCAGAGCGCCUGGACAGCUAUGUGAACGCUGACCACGACCUGUACUGCAACACCCGCCGGUCGGUAGAAGCCCCAACUGAGAGGCCUGGUGAGCGGCGCCAGGCCGAGAUGAAGCGUUUGUACGGGGACAGUGCUGCCAAGAUCCAAGCCAUGGAGGCCGCGGUGCAGCUGAGCUUUGACAAGCACUGUGACCGAAAGCAGCCCAAGUACUGGCCGGUCAUCCCCCUGAAGUUCUGAGCUCAGGGCACAGGGUACCCAGCCUCUCCUUCUUCCUUUUGGGUACACGCUCUUUAUCUCUCCUUCUGUACAUUUCUUAGGGAAAGGGGACUUUGUACUGGGGUACAGGCAUGUUCACCACAGUCCCAGUGGGCCUGUCACGGGGUGGAUGUACUAUGCCAGCCACUUGGAGGUCUGCAGGACAUGUUCUGUUGCCAACAUGAUAAAUUUUCUCCUGACAUAAAAUAAUUUUGCAUAUACUAUACUGGUUUUUUAUGUUGUUGGUAACAGUUCAAUUCAUUAACGUUCUUGCCUAGA